AUGGGGUGGGUGCCGAAUCUGGCAACUCGGCGCUUCUUCUCCAGCCCCCAAGAGACCAACCCCGGCUUGGACCACUGCGGCAUCGACAGCACCUCGUUCAUCCCACUGCAGGCUCGCAAGCGUAAUGCCAUCCGGGCGACACAAAACGGACUGCGUGUUAUUUUUCUUGUCUUUGCGAUAUGGGUCACCGUCACACCGCUAUGA